ACGCCUGAUGAGGAAAUGAGAGAACAGAGCUGAUGUGCAACAGACAGAUACAGACUCAAGACACAGCGAGGACACACAGACGCUUCACUGUAGAGACUCUGGUCAGCUGGGUGAGGAUGAAGAUGAAGAGCACGCAGCUUUUUGUUCCUAUGAUGAUGGUUAUCAUGAUAACUACUUUUGCAAAAACAACUACAGCCACUCCAAAGCCGACUACCACCACUCGAAGACCGACUACCACCACUCCAAGAUGGAUUACCACCACUCCAUGGACAACAGGUCAUCCUGCAGUAAAUUUAAAUGGGAAGAUGGUCACUUUGUCUUAUAAUGGAGGAGGAAUAUCUUUCUAUCCCCCAAAUUAUUCUCCUCAGCCUUCUGCCUGGCCCUCCACUCCUUCCUACUACACCACCCCCUACCCUUCGACCAGAGGUUUGUCCAUAUGUCUGCGUUACCUCUCUGACUCCCUGCAAACCGGUUACCAACCAACCUUCAUAGUCGGUCCACGCAGCAGAAACCCUCUGACUCUGCGAUACAGAACAAAUACAUAUGAAGUGUCCUUGGAUAGGUACGGCUACACCAACCUGUACUUGUCACCCCGCAUAAAACUCCUGCCAGGAGUUGCACCGGACAUCUGGACCAGAGUCUGCCUCACCAUGGACUCCAUGAAGAAUGUGGCCCAGAUGUUCAGCGGCUCCUACAUGAGCAUCAGGAAGAUGCUGAAUGAUCGGUACUCAUUGACAAUUGACCCAGUGAUCGAGGUUUCAGGUUUUGAUGGUCAGGUCACUGACGUCCAGAUGUGGGAUUAUCCUCUGAGCUACAGAGAAGUCACCGACUACAUGAACGGCGGCGUCUACAGGCUGUACCGCGGCUCCGUCCUCAGCUGGUCCAACAUCAACUACUCUCGCAGUGGAAAUGUGCUACUGGAGGACGUCUAUGAGAUCCAGGCCAAACAGCCAGCGAGCAGGAGGGGGAGAGGGCGUCGGCCGAAGGGAGGGAACAAGACCAGGAGGGUUUUCAAUGUGGGGGAAAGUAAGAGCAGAGAGAGACAGCAGCUUUAAUGAAACACACAGGAGCAUGUGCAGGAAAAUCCCCAUUUAAUCAUUUAAUGAUCCAAAACUCAACUUGAAUCAGCAAACAACAACUCAUCAACAAGCAAUAAUUAAUAUGAAAUAUAAUUAAAACGUUAUUGAUUUGAUAAAAGUAUGAUUAUCUUUUACAAGACAAACUAGUCUCACUUUAACACCUUAAGCUAAUUAAUUUUUACUAGCACCUUUGACUUUUUAUUGUUCUCUGUAUAUUUGUUUUAAUUUUUAUAUUGUUAAAAAAAAACAAUAAAGAGAUGGCUCACAGA